AGAAUCAGUCCUUCCCUCCAGCCUCCCAGAUGUCACUCUGCCUGCCAGGGCACCUGAGUCCUCAGCUCCUGGAGAUUCCAUGGUUACUAAGCUACUGGGUUUUGUUGACUUUUAAAUAUUUUCUUCUACGGAGGAGGGGAGGCAAGAGGCAGGAAAGAGCAAAUAAAAACAAAACAAGCCCCCCUCCCCAAAAGAACGGUACCCCCCACCCCUUACUCCCACACCAAGAGAAGAUCUCAGAAGGCAACCACCUGGCAGGAGCAACAACCAGACAGAACUGAAUCCCACCCCCCCCCCAGCAGGUCCUCAGCACCCUUUCUGGUGAAUGCGAAGCGGUAGUCGGUGGUCCCUCUGUCCUCAAGUCCUGGGUGGACAAAGAGGCUUCAAGAACGAAAGAAGGAUGGCCAGUGGGAAUGGGCUCUCUUCAUCCUCGGCCCUGGUGGCCAAGCGUUCCUCUGCCCUGGGCCCGUUCCCCAGAUUUGUCUGGAUCCAUCAGGACACCCCUCAAGAUAGCCUAGAUAAGACUUGCCAUGAAAUCUGGAAAAAAGUUCAAGACCUGCCCGAGGCCCUGCAACCCAGGAGCACCAUGGAGCAGCUCUCUGCCCCCGCAGCUGGUACUCCAAGAGACUAUGGACUUGGCUUCCAAGAAGAAGCCCUGGAGCUGAACAGAGCCAGAGAUGAGAUUUCCCUCCUGGUGGAGCAGGAAUUCUUGAGCCUCACCAAGGAGCACCUUAUCCUGGUCCAAGAGAGCUCAGAGGAUCUGGAGGCUGCUGGUGAUGAUUCCCAGGGGACCAGAGAGCUGGCUCCUUGCGUCCUCGCGCCUCUUCUGGUGGCAAGCAGCAGUGAGUGCUCAGGUGCCUCUCUCACUGUUGGUGACAAGCAUAAGGAGCAGAGGGUGGCUGUGUCCAUUACUGGCAGCCGGCAGGACUGCGAUUCUGCCCUAUCUGCAGUAACAGGCAUCCUGCGUGCCACCAAGGUCAGGAGUGCCAAGGAGACGAAGGACGGGGACCACAGCCUGGGUGACUGCAGCUCGGAGAUCAGUAAGCUCUUGGCCCAGUUUCCACUGAAGUCUACGGAAGUGUCCAAAGCCCCUGACAACAAGAUGGUGCUGGAGGAGACAAAGGUCAUCAAGGACUUCUUGCAGAACAACAUUUUCAGUGGCUGUGGACUCAGAGAGCCCACGGGGCUGGGCCCACUCAUGCUCCUGCCUCCUCCACCUCCUCCUGCACCCCCAGACAAGCUCUCUGACCUCCCUGCCCAGAAGAGGCAGCUCCCAGUGUUUGCCAAGAUCUGUUCCAAGACUGAAGCUGACCCCGCCACAGAGGGGCGUCAUAUGAUGGAAUGGAACCCUGGCAUUAAGGAGCCAAGCAAGAAUCAAGAGGGCCUCUUUCUCAGCCCAUGGCCUCAGACUCAGAAGGACACCUGUGGUGAGGAAAGUCACAGUGACUCUGUGGGCACCAUGCCCGCCAAGAAGCCCGCAUGGCCAGCUGAGAAGAACCUGCUCUAUGAGUUCCUUGGGAAUACCAAGAACCCAAGUGGGCAAAUGAAGCUUGGCAGCAAAGCAGACAUGGAUGGGCUGGAGUUGAAGUUUAACCCGCUGGUAACACCUACAGAGAAGAAUAACCUUAAGUACACAGGGAAUGUUUUCACCCCACGCUUUGCCCCAGCUUUGACCUCCACCACCAUGAACCAGCCCCUCUGGUUCAACUUGAACUGCCCGCCUCCACCGAUGUUCACCAAUCACUCUACCUUCCCACAGUAUCAGGGUAUGUACCCACAGCGAUCACCGAGGAUGCCCUAUCAGCAGCCUGUCCCUCCUCAGCUAGGGUGCUACUCCCGGCAGGUGACAGUCUACAACCCACAGCAGAUGGGCCAGCAGAUCUUCCGCUCCUCCUACACCCCUCUGCUGAGCUACAUCCCUUUUGUCCAGCCCAACUACCCGUAUCCACAGAGGACACCACAAAAGCUGCCCACCAAUCCUCGGGACCCCUCUCCCAUGUCAGGAGACGGGCCACAGUACCUCUUCCCCCAAGGAUACGGGUUCAACUCAACAUCUGGCGGGCCGCCAAUGAACAGCCCUUAUUUUUCCUCCAGUGGAAAUGGCAUCAGUUUUUAGACUUCUUUUUUAGCCCUCUGCCCCCUUUAGCCCUUAGAUCCAGGCUAAGGGAUCUAGAAUUCUGCACUGUGCAAUAGCUUGGCAUGAAGUUCAGAAAGCCAAGGCUCAGAGCAGGUCAUGGACAGAAAACAACAAGACCAGAUUCACUGAUUGACCAUCUGUAUUUAUCACACACACACACACACACACACACACACACACGCACGCACACACACACAUACACACACACACACCUUCCACACAACACAAGCCAAACACAUACCCUCCUGUUCAUACUCACUUGCUCAACCACACAGGCACCUGUAUUUCG